CCAAAGACCUAGCUUGCACAGCUAUCACAAAAUACAACUGCUUAUUAGAGCCUUAUUCACAUUGCUUAACCCUAUAGAAACAACCCUACUUGUGUACUUUCAGCACUUAGAGAGCCAGUCAGAAAAAGGACACUGAAACUUCAAAAAUUCUCUUUUGGGCUACAGGUGAAAUUUCCUUUAUGCCGUCUGAACAUGGUCAUCCAACCCAGGAAAAUGUGGUUGCUAAAUUUUCAUUUUAGAGUUCACUGUCAGAUACCUCUCAAACUGAAGGGCAACCAUCAUCUUUUUUCAACAUGUCAAUAAAUUUCUCAGUGGAAAGGUGAUGAAAGGAAAGGCAAGGAGUCUACUGAGGUGGAACACCACUCAUUGAGCAAUGGAAGAGCUGAUGCUCGUUACAGUCAGCUCAGUGUAACUUAUCAGGCCCUCAGUGACAAACAUUAAAACAAGUGAUUUCCUGAGAACCUGCACCCUUUGCCACCCCCCCUUUUUGGAGGAGUGCUUAGGCUGUCAUCAUCAAAUGGGGUCACAUCCUGGAUAAAUCCAGAAGAGCGGGUUGAUGGAGCAGAGGGGGAUGAGAAUGGAAUUGGCAAGAAGGGUAGAAAGGACUGUGCCUGUCAGAAACUCUGCUCUCUCUGAAGAAGGUUGAAUCCAAAAUCCCUGUGACAAAGGUGAGAAGAUGCUAAAGACAUGGUAUUUUGUCCUGCUCUGUUGGCUGUCCUUGCGGCUUGAAGCUAAUCCUGGUCUUAAAGUGAGGAUUACUCAGAAGGGGCUGGACUAUGGGAUGAGACAAUCUGAGGUAAAGGUGAUGACCAAGAAUUUUCCAAGCUAUCCACAUUGCAGGAGGAUUGGGAUGGAGCUCAUGAAGCAAGCAGUAUUGAAAGAGACCUUCCCAAGCUGGAGCGGGCAGGAGAGUUUGUCAGUUGUUAAGGUCAACUAUGUAAUUUCCAGGCUUAGAAUUAAUGCUGUAGAUUUCCCAGAAACUUCUGCUUCUUUUAUUCCUGGCACUGGCAUUUGUCUGUCAGUGGCACGGGCUUCUGCUACAAUCAGCGCAGACUGGAGAAUGAACGCAUGGCUGCUCAAAGGCAAAGGAGAAAUUACUGUGUCCAUCUCAGGACUGUUUAUUUCCAUUAUCUUCAAUGUGUCACGGGAUAGCACAGGCCACUUGUCCAUGUUGCUACACAAUUGCCAGCUGAGCAUUGGCAGUGUAAAAGUCAAGUUGAGUGGCAGAUCUAGCUGGAUCUACAGCUUUCUCUCUGGUUAUCUUGAGAAGCCCAUUCACACCAAAUUAGAUAAAAAUCUAUGCCUAAAUAUCAAAUACAAAAUCCAAAUGAUGGAUGCACAGCUUAGAAAGCAUAAGGUCUUAAGCCAGAUUGACGCCUUUGCACAAGUAGACUAUUCCCUACUUAGCUCUCCAGCAGUCUUCAAAUCACACAUUAACUUGGAUUUGAAGGGCACGGUCUAUCCAGUAGGUAAUCACACAGACCCUCCCUUUAUGCCAGCUCCAUUUGCUCUCCCAAACCAGGGUGAUUCCAUGAUAUACCUGGGAGUCUCCAAUUAUUUUCUAAAGUCUGCUUCACUGGCUUACUACAGAGCAGGGGCCUUUAACAUCACCAUCUCUGAAGAGCUUGCUACUACUUUUAGCUUAAAUACCUCCCUACUCAAAUAUUUUGUCUCUGAGAUGUCUCUGAGUCAGGCAGCAGCAUGCCCAGUGCUGCUGAAGCUGAUGGCCACAUUACCUCCUGCAGUCAGUUUAAACACAGACAGAUGUGUCCUACAGAUCACUGGCUUUGUAGAAGUGUUUGCUGCUCUGCCAAAUUCAACCACCCAGCACAUCUUUAAAGGGAAUCUAACAGCCAGUACCAGAGCCAAUUUGACAAUAAACAAACAGAAGUUGAUUAUCUCAUUACUUCUGAAGAGGUUCCAGUUCUCCCUACUGCACUCCAGUCUUGGCUUCCCUGAGCAGAAGUCAGUGGUGGAGAAUUUUCUGUCGUAUGCUUUACGGAGAGUAGUAAUCCCAGUAAUCAAUGAUAAACUAGGAAAAGGAUUUCCUCUUCUUAACUUGACCCACACUAGCCUGACUGGACCUGCAAUAAAAAUGAAUCAGGGUUAUAUGGUUAUUUCCACUGAUGUUCACUACCAACCAGAGGACAGGGAAGAUGAGGACCUCCACAGCCACUCCUGAUGUCCUUUUUCUUCUAAAGAAUAAUAAGAGAAAAAUGUAGUUUUCCUUCUGUUGGCUCGUAGGGAGUAGAUGCUGUAACAUUAGAAGCAUGGCUUUUCAUCACUAUUUUUAGUGUUUUAGUAAAACUUUUUAAGCAUUUUUCACAAAGUGAAUGUGUUGGUUUUUAGUACAGUGAGUGUAGCUAACUGUUAUUGAUGCUCUGGAAAACUUGUUGCAGUCUGAUCCGAAGCAGCAACUGGUUCCUUUCAGUAGAGUUAUAGACACCACAUUUUGUUAAUUUUAGGAACAAGUUCUUGCAUUGUUCAAUUUAUCUCCAUUAGCGUUAGCAAAAUUUUAUGUAUGGAGUGAGAUCUUAUUCUUUGUAAGCGUUUCACAAUUUGUCCCUUUGUAACUGGAUACCAAGAGUGGGAAGAAAUGUAUAAAAUCCAGUUAAUUGCCAUAUAGUUACAGAAUCAUAUAAUCUAGUCCAGACACUGGCUCAAAACAGGACUAAUUAUAUGAGGUUAUUGAGCACUGUGUCCAGUCAAGACUUGAACGCCUUCAAGGAUGGAGAUUCCACAGUCUCUCCAGGCAAUCUGUUCCACUGUUUAACUCCCUUCAGAAUAAUUUUUUUUCCUAAUAUCAAAUCAGCAUUUCCCAUGUUCCAACUUGUUCUGUGGCCUUUUGUACUUUCACCACACACUUCCAAAAUGAGACUGACUCCAUUUUCUCUGUAGUCUCUGAUCAAAACAUUGCAGGCAACAAAAUGGCCUUUCAAGCCCUCUCUUCUCCAAGCUGAACAGGCCUAAUCUCUCAGACUCUCCUUGUAGUUCACAUUCUCAAGCCUCCUCAAGAACCUGCACCUGCUGGUGCAGUCCAGAGGACAAGCCUUGCUAGUAAAAGCAGCCUUUUCUGUAUCUUUUGUCACUAGUCCCCCAUCUUACUGAGCAAUAAGCCCAUCUUCUGCUAUAAAUGUACUUAGGGAAACCUUUCCUGUUGCACUUUGGCUUUCCUGACUUUAUUCCUAUAUGUGCAAACAAGAUCUUUGUGUUCCUUCCAAGUAUCUGGUCUCGAUUUCCAUCUUCUGUAUGCUUCCUUUUUAUGUUUGAGCUCACUCAGGAGCUCCAAGUUCAUCCAUCGUGGCUUUCUGCCACAAUUGCUCAACUGUCUGAACAUUGUAAUGGACUAUUCGUAUGCUCUGAGGCGGCUGCCCUUGAAGAUUAGCCAGCUCUUCUUGGCCUCUGCUCUCCAGGGCAAUUUCCCACAUAUCCUGCCAAGCAGGUCCCUGUAAUCUUCUCAUCUGAAGUCUAUGGUUGUAAUUCUGUUCUUUGUCUUGCUGCUCCUCUCAGGAUCUGAAAAUCCACAGUUUCAUGCUCACUGCAGCCAAGGCUGUCCUUGGCUUCUAUAUCAUCCAGCAGUUGUUCCUUGUUUGUGAGUCGCUGUACCUCUUCGAGGGUAUCAAUCUCCA